GUCACGUGACUGCGCCCGUGGGCUCUGCUGGGGAAAAGCCGAUUCAGUUGGAUCGAGGGGGGAAUAGGGGGCGGUGGGGCAAGAUGGCGGCGCACUUAUCCUAUGGGCGAGUUAACCUGAACGUGCUGCGCGAGGCGGUGCGUCGCGAGCUGCGAGAGUUCCUGGACAAGUGCGCGGGAAGCAAGGCAAUAGUUUGGGAUGAGUACCUCACAGGACCAUUUGGCCUGAUUGCACAGUACUCAUUACUGAAGGAACAUGAAGUGGAAAAAAUGUUCACACUUAAAGGAAGUCGUUUGCCAGCAGCUGAUGUCAAGAACAUUAUUUUUUUUGUCAGACCCAGGCUAGAAUUGAUGGAUAUAAUUGCUGAAAAUGUGCUCAGUGAAGACAGACGUGGCCCAGCCAGAGAUUUCCACAUUUUGUUUGUACCACGACGUAGCUUAUUGUGUGAACAGCGGUUAAAGGAUCUGGGUGUCUUGGGAUCCUUCAUUCAUAGGGAGGAGUACAGCCUAGAUCUCAUUCCAUUUGAUGGGGAUCUCUUAUCCAUGGAGUCAGAGAGUGCAUUCAAAGAAUGCUACCUGGAGAGCGACCAGACCAGCCUAUACCAUGCUGCCAAGGGCCUGAUGACACUGCAAGCUCUGUACGGGACGAUCCCCCAGAUCUUCGGGAAAGGAGAGUGCGCCCGGCAAGUGGCCAAUAUGAUGAUUCGAAUGAAGAGAGAGUUUACAGGAAGCCAAAAUUCAAUAUUUCCUGUUUUUGAUAAUCUCCUGUUGCUCGAUCGGAAUGUGGAUUUAUUAACGCCUCUUGCCACUCAGCUUACAUACGAAGGACUCAUUGAUGAGAUUUAUGGCAUUCAGAACAGUUUUGUGAAAUUACCUCCGGAGAAAUUUGCACCUAAGAAACAGGGUGAUAGUGGGAAGGAUCUUCCCACGGAAGCAAAGAAGCUUCAGCUGAAUUCUGCGGAGGAGCUGUAUGCUGAGAUCCGAGAUAAAAACUUCAACGCGGUAGGCUCCGUGCUGAGCAAGAAAGCAAAGGUGAUCUCUGCAGCGUUUGAGGAAAGGCACAACGCCAAGACAGUUGGGGAGAUCAAGCAGUUCGUUUCACAGCUGCCCCACAUGCAGGCAGCAAGAGGCUCACUCGCAAACCAUACCUCGAUUGCAGAGCUAAUCAAAGAUGUUACUACUUCUGAAGACUUCUUUGAUAAAUUAACAGUGGAGCAGGAGUUUAUGUCUGGAAUAGACACUGAUAAGGUCAACAGUUACAUUGAGGAUUGUAUUGCCCAGAAACAUCCACUGAUCAAAGUGUUAAGACUGGUUUGCCUCCAAUCCGUGUGCAAUAGUGGACUAAAACAAAAGGUUUUGGAUUAUUAUAAAAGAGAAAUUCUGCAGACCUAUGGCUUUGAGCACAUACUGACCUUACACAACCUGGAGAAGGCUGGCCUGCUGAAACCACAGACAGGGGGCAGAAAUAAUUACCCUACCAUCCGGAAGACAUUACGCCUCUGGAUGGAUGAUGUAAAUGAACAAAAUCCCACGGACAUAUCGUAUGUGUACAGUGGCUAUGCCCCUCUCAGUGUGCGGCUGGCCCAGCUGCUUUCCCGGCCCGGCUGGCGGAGUAUCGAGGAAGUUCUCCGCAUCCUCCCAGGGCCCCACUUUGAGGAACGGCAGCCAUUGCCCACAGGACUGCAAAAGAAACGUCAACCAGGAGAAAACCGAAUCACUCUGAUAUUUUUCCUCGGGGGUGUAACCUUUGCUGAAAUUGCUGCCCUGCGAUUUCUUUCCCAGUUGGAAGACGGAGGUACAGAGUAUGUAAUCGCCACCACUAAACUCAUGAACGGGGCCAGCUGGAUAGAGUCGCUAAUGGAAAAACCUUUCUAGGGCAUUCAAAGUACACCUACCAGUGAACUACAGAAUAAACUGCUCCUUUGAAGAAGUUGCUGGAAGGAAGUGCAACCCUAUGGAGGAAUAACACGAGAAUAUAGAAGUUACUCUGGGGUCAGCUUCUUAAAUUAUGCUGUUUUCUCCUUUCUACUUCUCUUUUGUCUUCCUAAUUUCUUAAAGAAAGAAGAAUGGAAGAGAAUCAACUUGUGUAAAAGAAAUACCAGUUUUUAAAUGUUAGGAGCUCAGGAUCUUCAUUAGAGACAUCUGGAAAUAUAUUUAGGAUGGUGAGGCUGGAUAGUCUAUACAGCCACACAAAAGGGGCCAGUUCCAAAACUGCUGUGGCUCUGGUUACAGCUGUGGCUCAGGUUCGUUCCCUGGCCUGGGAAUUUGCAGCCAAAAAAAAGUGGGGACCAAGCAGGCAAGCAGGUAAAAAUGAAAAUCAAAGUGGGAAGUCCAACCCCCAAUAAUAGUGCUGAAUUUCUGAAAGAUGUAUCAUGCAUAUGGAAGUGGUUAAAUGUUGAGGGGCCAAGAGCUAACAUUAUGACUGAUUUGAGAUUUCUUUUUCCCGCAGAACAUGACACAUUACAUUCAGUGUCCCCAGUUUCUAUUUUAUCUGGUCGUUAAAGCAAGUUUAUGGUUC